UUCUUUUCAAAUACUUUAUUAGUAGUUUUAAGCACUAAUUAUAGCUAUAGAAAUAUUUCAGGUUUUGCUUAAUGGAGGUUAGAUUGUCAUUGGGAGUGGAUUCUAAGCAAAGACUUGUUUCAGAUUAACCGAAAGAAAAAUCCCUCAGUUCUUGCUCAUCCAACAGUUCAAAAAUAUGGGUUAAACCAAGAAUUGAAUUGUCUUGGAAUUGGAGUUGAAGAUGGAUAGGAGGAGUUGGCUAUGGAGAAGAAAGUCUGCAGAGCAGAGUCCAGGUGAAACUGAUAGUUCAGGAGGCUCCAUUUCAUCUCAUUCUGAAAGAUUCUCUGGUGAGCAGGCUAGCGCCACCCAUGGUUCUCAAUUACAGGAAGUCACAUCAAAAGCCGUACCCAUUGAUGUAGAAGUUAAUGAUAAUGUGAGGUCUCUAACGGAGAAAUUGUCUGCUGCUCUUAUGAACAUCAGUGCCAAAGAAGACUUGGUAAAGCAGCAUGCUAAAGUUACAGAAGAAGCUAUCUCAGGCUGGGAGAAAGCUGAAAAGGAUGUUUUGGCUUUGAAGCAACAGCUUGAUGCUGCCAUUAAGAAAAAUGCAGCACUUGAAGAUCGAGUUGGUCAUCUUGAUGGGGCACUCAAGGAAUGCGUCAGACAACUUAGACAAGCAAGGGAAGAGCAAGAGCGGAAAAUCCAUGAAGCUGUUGCCAAGAAAUGUCAUGAAUUGGAAUCUUCUAAGUCAGAGCUUGAAAGUCAGCUUCUGGACCUCAAGGCUCAACUUCAAACCACAAAAAGUGAGACUGCUGCCUCAGUUGAUCCUGAUCUUCAUCUGAAUCUCAAGGCAUUUGAGAAAGAAAAUUCAGCCCUCAAACUUAAGCUCCUUUCUCAAGCUGAGGAGCUAGAACUUAGGAUUAUUGAGAGGGACCUGAGCAACCAAGCAGCUGAAACUGUCAGCAAACAACAUUUGGAUAGCAUAAAGAAGUUGGCUAAGCUUGAAGCUGAGUGCCGCAGGCUAAAAGCCAUUGCUCGUAAAGCAUCCCCUGCUAAUGAUCAGAAAUCUUAUGCUGCCUCCUCAAUUUGUGUUGAAUCUUUUACAGAUAGUCAAUCAGACAGUGGGGAGAGGCUACUUGCAGUUGAAAAUGAUAUGCGCAAGAUGAACGGGUUGGAGAUGAAUGAAUAUGAGACAAGCCGCUCAGAUUCAUGGGCAUCUGCCCUAAUUACAGAACUUGAUCAAUUUAGGAAUGAGAAGGCUGUUGGAAGAAACAUCAUGGCCCCUUCAGUAGAAUUCAAUCUCAUGGAUGAUUUUCUUGAAAUGGAAAGGCUUGCAGCUUUGCCUGAUACAGAAAAUGGAAGUGGUUUUAAUGAGGCUGGUCCUUUAUCUGAUCAAACCAGUGCAGUUGAAAACCCAUUAAAGGCUGAACUUGAAACUUUUAUUCAACGGAUUGCUGAACUAGAGGAAAAGCUAGCAAUGACUGAAGCAGAAAAGUUGGAAUUGCAGAUGGCUAUCACUGAAACUCAAAAGCAGCUUAAAACAUUGCAGAAUCAACUAAGGGAAGCAGAGACAAAGUUGGAAGAUGUGCAAACUAAAUUAGCUCUUGCUGACAACUCAAAGCAAGCUGCAGAGAUGGAAGUAAAGGUUGCAAACAUGAAUAGAGAAGUGGUGGAAUCAAGACUUAGAGAUGCUGAAAUUGAAAUAAAGACUUUAACGUCCAAAGUUACUUCUUUAGAAGAAGAGGUAGAAAAGGAGAAAGCAUUAUUUGCUGAAAGCAUGAACAAGUGCAAAGAAUUGGAGGAUGAACUUUCAAAAUUGAAAUGUGAAGCCAAGCUCCGACAUGAGGUAGAGCUCCAGCAUGUGGCCAGUUAUAAUGAAGAGCUGAAGGUGCAGCAGGACAAGGAGCUAGCAAUUGCUGCCAGUAAACUUGCAGAGUGCCAGAAGACAAUUGCUUCUCUCGGCCAGCAGUUGAAAUCUCUUGCUACACUGGAAGAUUUCCUGAUUGACUCUGAUAAGCCGCUGGAGCCUGUGGAUGGAGGAUUACUCUUUCCCAGAAACGGUGAGGAACAACUGAAACUAGGUUCUACUGAUAUGGAUUUUUCAAAAAGAGGUUCUGAGUCUUCUAAAAUAGUUGCUGCUGUUGCAAAGAUUGGAGCUGGCACUACAAGGAAUGAAGCACGUAAGCUGGCUGGCCAGGGGUGCUGUGCCCUUGGCUGACCAAAGGCGCUAUGCUAGAGAGCCAAAAGUAACAGAUUCUAGAAGAAAGAAAAGGACAAACAUAGCUGGCAAGACCGUUGGAAUGAGGGUGACAGUUCAGAGGCGAUAUAUUAGGAAGUUAGUUAUAAUUGUACUGAAGGUUGUUAAUAGUCUUAUGAAUAAAUCCUUGUAAUUAGUGAAUUGGCGUUUGGCCUAUAUAUGGAUCACGUUGUAAGGAAUCUGGCAUGAAAUGAAACAUUUGUUUUUAGACCAAAAUCAUCGACCUGAAAACUUAAGAAU